UGUUGGCGUGGGGCUGAGGCGGCGCCGGCGGAGCCCAGCGCCCGCGACUGGCUGCGCAACAGGUUCUCCGCGGCGACCUGAGACCCCCCGGCCGGCGGCCGAGCAGGACCUCCCCGCGCCUGCCCGCCGCGCUGCGGGGCUCAGGAGCGCGAGGGCGCGCGGUGACGUUGGGGAGGCGCGGCGCGGCGCCAGGUAUUCAUGGUGGUGCUGGUGAAGUCAGGAAUGAGAUCAGCCUUCUACAGAUACAAAAUUGAGAAACUUGAAUACUCAUGAAGUAACAUUGAACCUGGGCUCUGAGAUGGCUGACAGCUAGCAAGGAAAAUUCAGGACCAUGAUGGCUCAGUUUCCCACAGCUAUGAAUGGGGGGCCAAACAUGUGGGCUAUUACCUCUGAAGAACGUAGUAAGCACGACAAACAAUUUGAUCACCUCAAGCCUUCAGGAGGUUACAUAACAGGUGAUCAAGCACGUACUUUUUUCUUACAAUCAGGUCUGCCAGCUCCUGUUUUAGCUGAAAUAUGGGCCUUGUCAGACCUGAAUAAGGAUGGGAAGAUGGAUCAGCAAGAGUUCUCCAUAGCUAUGAAACUCAUCAAACUAAAGCUUCAAGGCCAACAGUUGCCUGUGGUUCUCCCUCCCAUUAUGAAACAACCCCCUAUGUUCUCUCCAUUAAUUUCUGCUCGUUUUGGGAUGGGAAGCAUGCCCAAUCUGUCCAUUCCUCAGUCAUUGCCUCCAGUUGCCCCUAUAAACGCACCCUUGUCCUCUGCAACUUCAGGGACCAGUCUUCCUCCCUUAAUAAUGCAAGCUCCCCUAGUGCCUUCUGUUAGUACAUCGUCAUUACCAAAUGGAACCGCCAGUCUCAUCCAGCCUUUGUCCAUUCCUUACUCUUCUUCAACAUUGCCUCAUACAUCAUCUUACAGUCUGAUGAUGGGAGGAUUUGGUGGUGCUAGUAUACAGAAGGCCCAGUCUUUGAUUGAUUUAGGAUCUAGUAGCUCAACUUCCUCAACUGCUUCACUCUCAGGGAACUCACCCAAGACUGGCACUUUAGAGUGGGCAGUUCCUCAGCCUUCAAGAUUAAAGUAUCGGCAAAAAUUCAAUAGCCUUGACAAAAGCAUGAGUGGAUACCUCUCAGGUAAGCAGCACAUAAUGCUUAUGAGGACUCUUGCUGACAUUGAUGGGGAUGGACAGCUAAAAGCUGAAGAGUUUAUUCUUGCAAUGCACCUCACCGACAUGGCCAAAGCUGGGCAGCCACUGCCACUGACUCUGCCUCCUGAGCUCGUCCCUCCCUCAUUCAGAGGAGGAAAGCAAACUGAUUCAAUUAAUGGAAGUCAGCCUUCCUAUCAGAAGACACAAGAAGAAGAACCUCAAAAGAAAUUACCAGUUACUUUUGAGGACAAGCGGAAAGCCAACUAUGAGCGAGGGAAUGUGGAACUGGAGAAGCGGCGCCAGGCCCUGAUGGAGCAGCAACAGCGGGAGGCAGAACGGAAAGCCCAGAAAGAAAAGGAGGAGUGGGAACGGAAGCAGAGAGAAUUACAAGAACAAGAAUGGAAGAAACAGCUUGAAUUAGAAAAGCGCUUGGAGAAACAGAGGGAAUUGGAGAGACAACGGGAGGAAGAAAGAAGAAAAGAAAUAGAAAGACGAGAGGCAGCAAAACAGGAACUUGAACGACAACGUCGUUUAGAAUGGGAGAGAAUUCGUCGACAGGAGCUUCUCAAUCAAAAGAAUAGAGAACAAGAAGAAAUUAUCAGGUUAAACUCUAAAAAGAAGAGUCUUCACCUUGAGUUGGAAGCACUGAAUGGCAAACACCAGCAGAUCUCAGGCAGGUUACAAGAUGUCCGACUCAGAAAGCAAACACAAAAGACUGAGCUGGAAGUUCUGGAUAAGCAGUGCGACCUGGAAAUUAUGGAAAUCAAGCAGCUUCAGCAAGAACUUCAGGAAUAUCAAAAUAAGCUUAUUUAUUUGGUACCUGAGAAGCAAUUAUUAAAUGAAAGAAUUAAAAACAUGCAGCUGAAUAACACACCUGAUUCAGGGAUUAGUUUACUUCAUAAGAAAUCAGUAGAAAAGGAAGAAUUAUGCCAAAGACUUAAAGAACAAUUAGAUGCCCUUGAAAAGGAAACUGCAUCUAAGCUGUCAGAAAUGGAUUCAUUUAAUAAUCAAUUGAAGUGUGGGAAUAUGGAUGACUCUGUUCUUCAGUGCCUUUUGUCUCUGCUAAGCUGUCUCAACAACCUCUUCCUCUUACUUAAGGAACUGAGAGAAAGCUACAAUACACAGCAGCUAGCCCUUGAGCAGCUUCAUAAGAUCAAACAUGACAAGUUGAAGGAAAUUGAAAAAAAAAGAUUAGAGCUAAUACAGAAAAAGAAACUAGAAGAUGAGGCUGCAAGGAAAGCAAAGCAAGGAAAAGAAAAUUUAUGGAGAGAAAGUCUUAGAAAGGAGGAAGAAGAGAAACAAAAGCGACUUCAGGAAGAAAAGACACAAGAAAAAUUUCAAGAGGAAAAAAAACCUGAAAAAGAGAAAAAAUGUGAGACAGCUACUGCUUUGGUGAAUUAUAGAGCAUUAUACCCUUUUGAAGCAAGGAACCAUGAUGAGUUGAGUUUCAAUUCUGGGGAUAUAAUUCAGGUUGACGAAAAAACCAUAGGAGAGCCUGAUUGGCUUUAUGGCAGUUUUCAAGGAAACUUUGGCUGGUUUCCAGGCAACUAUGUAGAAAAAAUGCCAUCAAAUGAGAAAACUAUGUCUCCUAAGAAGGCCUUACUUCCUCCUACAGUGUCUUUAUCUGCUACCUCAACUUCUUCUGAACCACUUUCUUCAAAUCAACCAGCAUCAGUGACUGAUUAUCAAAAUGUAUCUUUUUCAAACCUAACUGUUAAUACAUCAUGGCAGAAAAAAUCAGCUUUUACUCGCACUGUGUCCCCUGGGUCCGUAUCACCUAUUCAUGGACAGGGGCAGGUUGUAGAAAACCUGAAAGCACAGGCCCUUUGUUCCUGGACUGCAAAGAAAGAUAACCACCUGAAUUUCUCCAAGCAUGAUGUCAUUACCGUCUUGGAGCAGCAAGAGAAUUGGUGGUUUGGGGAGGCGCAUGGAGGGAGAGGAUGGUUUCCAAAAUCUUACGUCAAGAUCAUUCCUGGGAGUGAAGUAAAGCGUGGAGAACCAGAAGCUUUGUAUGCACCUGUAAAUAAGAAACCUACCUCCACAGCCCAUCCAGUUGGAGAAGAAUAUAUUGCACUUUAUCCAUAUUCAAGUGUAGAGCCAGGAGAUUUGACUUUCACUGAAGGUGAAGAAAUACUGGUGACACGAAAAGAUGGAGAAUGGUGGACAGGAAGUAUUGGAGAUAAAACUGGAAUUUUCCCAUCCAACUAUGUCAAACCAAAAGAUCAAGAGAAUUUGGGGAGUGCUAGCAAAUCUGGAACAUCAAACAAAAAACCUGAAAUUGCCCAAGUCACUUCAGCAUAUGUUGCUUCUGGUGCUGAACAACUUAGCCUUGCACCAGGACAACUAAUAUUAAUCCUAAAGAAAAAUACAAGUGGGUGGUGGCAAGGGGAGUUACAGGCCAGAGGAAGAAAACGACAGAAGGGCUGGUUCCCUGCCAGCCAUGUUAAACUUCUGGGUCCAAGUAGUGAAAGAACCACACCUGCCUUUCAUGCUGUGUGUCAGGUGAUUGCUAUGUAUGACUAUGUAGCAAACAAUGAGGAUGAGCUCAAUUUCUCCAAGGGACAAUUUAUUAAUGUUAUGAACAAAGACGACCCUGACUGGUGGCAAGGAGAGAUCAAUGGGAUAACUGGUCUUUUCCCUUCAAACUAUGUGAAGAUGACUACAGAGUCAGAUCCAAGUCAACAGUGGUGCGCUGAUCUCCAAGCCCUGGACACAAUGCAGCCAGCUGAGAGGAAGAGACAGGGCUACAUCCACGAGCUGAUUCAGACAGAAGAGCGGUACAUGGAUGAUCUGCAGCUUGUCAUUGAGGUUUUUCAGAAGCAGAUGGCAGAGUCAGGCUUGCUCACAGAAGGAGAAAUGACCUUGAUCUUUGUCAACUGGAAGGAGCUCAUCAUGUCCAACACAAAGUUGCUCAAGGCCUUGCGGGUCCGGAAGAAGACUGGGGGUGAAAAGAUGCCUGUGCAGAUGAUCGGGGACAUCCUUGCAGCCGAGCUGUCCCACAUGCAGGCCUACAUCAGGUUUUGCAGCUGUCAGCUAAAUGGAGCAGCCCUAUUACAGCAGAAGACAGAUGAAGAUGCAGAAUUCAAAGACUUUUUAAAGAAGCUGGCAUCAGACCCUCGAUGUAAAGGGAUGCCCCUCUCUAGCUUCCUGCUAAAGCCCAUGCAGAGGAUCACCCGCUACCCUCUGCUCAUCAGAAGCAUUCUGGAGAACACUCCAGAGAGUCACGUGGACCAUUCCUCCCUGAAGCUGGCCCUUGAGCGGGCUGAGGAGCUUUGCUCUCAAGUGAAUGAAGGAGUUCGGGAAAAGGAAAACUCAGACCGAUUGGAGUGGAUCCAGGCACAUGUGCAGUGUGAAGGUCUCACAGAGCAACUUAUUUUCAACUCCCUCACCAACUGCCUGGGGCCCCGAAAACUUUUGCACAGUGGGAAAUUAUACAAGACCAAGAGCAAUAAGGAGCUGCAUGGAUUUCUCUUCAAUGACUUCCUGCUUCUCACCUACAUGGUUAAGCAGUUUGCUGUUUCCUCUGGGUCAGAGAAACUUUUCAACUCCAAGUCCAAUGCUCAGUUCAAAAUGUAUAAAACACCCAUUUUCCUGAAUGAAGUCUUGGUGAAACUGCCCACAGACCCUUCCAGCGAUGAGCCUGUCUUCCACAUCUCCCACAUUGAUCGGGUCUACACCCUCCGAACAGACAACAUUAAUGAGAGGACGGCCUGGGUCCAGAAGAUCAAGGCGGCCUCUGAGCAGUACAUUGACACAGAAAAGAAGAAACGUGAGAAGGCCUAUCAAGCCCGCUCUCAGAAGACUUCAGGCAUUGGACGUCUGAUGGUGCAUGUCAUUGAAGCGACAGAGUUAAAAGCCUGCAAACCCAAUGGAAAGAGCAAUCCGUACUGUGAAGUCAGCAUGGGCUCCCAGAGCUAUACCACCAGAACCCUCCAGGACACUCUAAACCCCAAGUGGAAUUUCAACUGCCAGUUCUUUAUCAAGGAUCUGUACCAAGAUGUGCUAUGUCUCACCAUGUUUGACAGAGACCAGUUUUCUCCAGAUGAUUUCCUGGGCCGUACUGAAAUUCCACUGGCAAAAAUUCGAACAGAACAAGAAAGCAAAGGCCCUACCACCCGCCGACUCCUGCUGCAUGAGGUUGCCACAGGGGAGGUCUGGGUCCGAUUUGACCUGCAGCUUUUUGAACAAAAAACUCUCCCAUAGGGGACCUGAGGGCAGCGCCAGAGGAUCCGCACCAGGGCUGGGGCUGCGAGCAUCACGGCUUCAUCCAUCACAAAGCCACACACGCCGGGCGUAUAUCUUAUUGCACACUAAAGCACUAGCAAUCUAUGCAAACAUGACCUUUCCUAUAAAACCCCACAGCGCAGUGCCUUGUACUAGUGUUAACAGUUCCACUGGGUUUCGAUGCAUGGUUUCCAUUUUCAGGGCUAUAAAAGUAUUAUGUGGAAAUAAGGCAUCGGACCACCAGAUGUUACCGCUUGGCAAAUGUGUCCACCGUGGAGUGGCUUGGUGACGCUGGGACCAUCCCACACCAUGUGACCUCCGCCAGUCCCAGCACUCAGGAGGCAAGGGGCCGGGAUGACAUGCUGCGGUGCGGUGCUCACACAGCCUGAUGAUGAAUAGCGUCUACUUGUGCACUGAAAACCACCAGAAACUUGAUCACUUUAUUCCUGACUAGGUUUAUCAUUCUCUGCUAAGACAAUAUAGUUUUAAAUAUAAGAGGGAAAGCUUGAUAUACCUUAAAUACUGUGAACUCUAAUAAUGUGGGAAAUAUUUUUCAACUUUAAUUUUCUGAACUAUAAAUUAUUUAUGUAAAUUCCUUGUUUUGCAUACUUCAUAGGACAUGCAUCUGGAAGCUUUGUCAUUGCCAAUAUGUACAGAAAGAGAAUAAAAAUGUAAGUUUAUGAAUGUAA